GUCAACCUUUAUAUUGGCCUCAUCGCGCUGCUCAAGCUAUGCUAUAUCUUGUCAUCAAGGUUAACAGGGAUGGGGAUUGCAAGCCAGCUUGAUCACGACCUGUGGUAUAAGCAAAGGAGGUCUAUGGAUCCAGCGUUCAGCAGCAUGAACCUGAGAAGUUUCCUCAAGCCCAUGAAUGAGUUUGCAGACAGGAUCAUGAGCAAAAUCAAUGAGGCUGUGGAAAAUAAUUCGGUGGCCAAUAUGACCGAGCUGAUCAACACUUACACACUGGAUGUGCUCGCGAAGGUUGCUUAUGAUAUAGACUCAGACACGAUUGAAAACAAGAGCGAUUUAGCUAAGGCCCUUACGACAUUCAUGGGAGCGCUCAUACACCUUCGGGAGCCAUUUUUUCAGUAUAAACCAUCAAAUAAAGCAUACGUGGAGUCGGUGAGAGAAGCAUGUCGCACUCUACGUAAAACAGGAGAAGACUGGAUCAGACGGAGGCGCGCGGCCAUACAGAAUCAUGAGAGUGUCCCAAAAGACAUCCUGACUCAAAUCAUGAAAAAUGCCGAACAAGAAGAGGAUGAAGAGUUGAUGGUGGACAACUUCGUGACAUUCUUCAUUGGUGGGCAGGAAACCACAGCCAAACAACUGGCCUUCUGUGUCAGGGAGCUGGGCCGAUACCCUGAAAUCCUGGAGAAAUUGAGAAAAGAGAUGGAUGAGGUCCUUGGGAUGAAGCAGGAGAUCGUCGGCGAUGAUCUCGGGCGGCUGGUUUACCUGACUCAGGUUCUGGAUGAGGUUCUGCGACUGUACCCAAUAGGCCCGUUGAUUCCUCGCUGGGUUAAUGAGGAUCUCGUAAUUAAUGGCAUCAAAAUACCUGGAGGAGUCAAUGUCGUGUUCAGUCCUUAUGUGACUGGCCGAAUGGCCCAGUUCUUCAAAGAUCCACUUGUGUUUGAUCCAGACCGGUUUCAUCCAGAUGCUCCCAAGCCUUACUACUGCUACUACCCCUUCUCUCUGGGACCACGGAGUUGUAUCGGGCAGCAACUUUCUCAGAUGGAGGCGAAAGUACUGAUGGCCAAGCUGAUUCAGAGGUUCGACUUCAGCCUCACACCCGGACAGCAGUUUGGGAUUUUGGACGCUGGAACUAUCACACCGCAGAACGAUGUCACUUGCUUUGUCAAAUACAGAGACAUGGUUGAAUGAGACCCUUUCAUUCUGUGUUCCGUCGAUGCGUGAAGUAGAACCAAUGUUCCACAUGCUCUACAGUAAAUAUUGAGAAAUCAGGAAGAAUCUCUGUGACAGAGUAAAGGGGAACUCUCGUGUGCUGCUGCUGUGUACUGAUCUAAUAAAAAAGAAAA